AAAAAAAACAAAAACUCACCUUGUCUACCAUUUCUCUUCACAACAAUCUUCCAACUGAAACCGCCAUUAACACAAACAAGCUUACCAACAGUCACUCAUAUAUUUCUUUUUAAUUUUUUUAUUUUCCCUUUUUAAAUUACCAUAUUCUUCUUACUUAAAUACCAAGAAAUAAGGGAAAAAAAAAACAAUUUUUAAAAUUAUUUUUCUUUAAAAAAUACCCAUUUUGAUCUGGAGUGCCAAAUAAUUUCUGGCUGUUGAAGAUUUCACGCGAAUCUGUUGUAGUCGUGUUUUUUCCUUUGAAGGAUUGAGAUCUUGAUCUCAACUUUCAGAUCUGCUUAUGCACCUUCCUUUAUAUAUGGGCUGAGAUAUAUAUUUCAUGGGAGGCUCAGAGGAUGACGAACCACUCUCAAAACGUGUGAAAGUAUCAUUUAGAGAAUCAGCAGAUCCAUCGAACGGGACAUUUCUUAGGGAUCCUGCAAGUUGCUCAUUGAGUGAUUCGAUGGUUCGUCCUCUGGAAUUCCAACGGGACGGUGAGGUUGUUGGUACAAAAGGUGUCAAGAAAGUUGAAUUUGUUCGGAUCAUAGCCGAGGCAUUAUAUUCUCUUGGUUAUAAGAAGGCUGGGGCGCAGCUAGAGGAAGAGUCGGGGAUACCUUUACACCCCUCUCUAGUAAAUUUAUUUAUUCAGCAAAUCCUUGAUGGGAGGUGGGAUGAAAGUAUAGUCACAUUGCAUAAAAUUGGUCUUGUGGAUGAAAAAAUUGUGAAGUUGGCAUCUUUUGCGAUACUGGAGCAGAAGUUCCUUGAAUUGUUAGAAGGAAAUGAAAUCACGCUUGCUUUGAAGACAUUGAGGACUGAGAUUGCACCUCUUUUCAUAAAUAUCAAUAGAGUCGCCAAUCUUUCGUUGUGCCUUUUAUCACAUUCAAAACAGGAUGUCUCCAGAACGUCAGGUCUAGCAGAUAUAAUGUUUAUAAAACAAAGGACAAAGCUACUAGAAGAAUUGCAAAGACUGCUUCCCAUUACAGUCAUGAUACCUCAAAAAAGAUUGAUCCAUCUUGUUGAACAGGGCCUUGAAUUGCAAAAAGAGUCUUGUUUACUUCACAAUUCGGUAGUCACUGCAAUGUCAUUGCUUACUGAUCACCAGUGUGGAAUAGAUCAGAUUCCAUCUAAAACUUUGCAGAUAUUACAAGGACACACAGAUGAAAUAUGGUUUUUGCAGUUCUCUCAUAAUGGGAAGUACUUAGCCUCAUCAUCUGCUGAUUGUUCGGUUAUCCUAUGGGAGGUGAAGUUGGAUGGGAGGUUAUGCUUGAAGCACCGUUUAUCUGGUCACGAGGAAGCUGUAUCCUUUAUGUCGUGGGCUCCGGAUGAUAAUUACCUUCUCACUUGUGGAGUAGAGGAGGUUGUUAGACUGUGGGAUGUAAACUCCGGUGAAUGCAUGCAUCUUUACCAGAAAAAUGGUCUUGGUUUGACCUCGUGUGGAUGGGCUCCAGAUGGCAAAAGGGUAUAUUGCGGUGUUACUGACAAAAGCAUUAGCAUGUGGGAUCUUGAAGGGAAAGAGUUGGCGAGUUGGAAAGGCCAUCGAAUUAAUAGAAUAGCUGAUUUGGGGAUAACAAGUGAUGGGAAAUACAUGAUCUCUGUUUGUAAAAAUAAUAUGAUACUAUUAUUUGGAUUGGAAUCGAAAUCUGAGCAAAUAAUUAUAGAGGAUGAGGCAAUAACUUCAUUUGCUUUGUCCGCAGACAAUAAACAUAUAUUGGUAAGUCUUCGGAAUAAAGAAAUCCAUCUUUGGAGUAUAGAGGGGAAUGCAAAACUCUUAGCCGUAUAUCAAGGGCAUAAGCUAGAACGCUUCGUUGUGCGGUCUUGCUUUGGUGGACUAAAUCAAGCUUUCAUUGCCAGUGGAAGUGAGGAUUCACAGGUAUAUAUAUGGCACAGAAGCACACAACAAAUCCUUGGGAAGUUGGCUGGACAUAGUGGGACUGUGAACUGUGUUAGUUGGAACCCAGCAAAUCCUCAUAUGCUGGCGUCAGCAAGUGAUGAUGGGACUAUACGCAUAUGGGGCUUGGAUCGUGCAAACGUGAAGCACAAUGGCGAUGGAGCUGUUAGUAAUGGUGUGAACCACUGCAAUGGUGGAACGUGAAGUCUCGGAGAGAAUGGGCGAGCAAGAACAUUACAAGGUUUCUUUCCUUGACCAGUUUCUUUGAUGUAAUAUUCUUUUUACAUCAUCAAGCUUAACAUUUGAGACAAACAAGAAUGUGCAAUUUGCAUUCAGUUCAGCAAUAAAUCUUGAACUUCUUCA